UAUGUACUAAAAUCUAGUAAUCGAGUAAUUUAGUAGAUCCUUAUAUAUGUUCUGUGUUUUUAUAUGUGGCGAUGACGGAUUAGGAAAAAUUGGUGAAAAUGUCCGGAAAAACAUUUCCAGUGGAUAAAUUAGUGCGUGUAGGUUAUUAUGAACUUGAAAAAACAAUUGGAAAAGGCAAUUUCGCCGUAGUCAAGUUGGCCACUCACAUUGUCACACGAACUAAGGUUGCCAUCAAAAUAAUCGAUAAGACUGUCCUAGAUGAAGAAAACUUGACAAAGAUAUUUAGAGAGACUGCUAUAUUGAAGAAAUUAAAACAUCCCCACAUCACAAGGCUAUAUCAGCUUAUGGAGACUAAUCAAACUAUAUACUUGGUCACUGAAUAUGCAAGUAAAGGAGAAAUAUUUGAUCAUUUGGUUGCCAAAGGUAGAAUGACAGAGCCAGAAGCCAAAAGGAUAUUCAAUCAGAUCGUGUCUGCCGUAAGCUAUUGCCAUUCUCAGGGGGUAGUUCAUAGAGACUUAAAGGCUGAAAAUUUACUUUUAGAUCAUAAUCUUGAUAUCAAAUUGGCUGAUUUUGGAUUUAGCAAUCAAUUUACUGAAGGUUGUUUAUUGUCAACAUUUUGUGGUUCUCCUCCAUAUGCAGCACCAGAAUUAUUUCAAGGCCUCAAAUAUGAUGGGCCUAAGGCAGAUAUUUGGAGUUUAGGUGUAGUUCUUUAUGUUUUGGUUUGUGGUUCCCUUCCAUUUGAUGGUCCAACGUUGCAUGCCUUGAGAAAUGUUGUGAUAGAAGGAAAAUUCCGAAUACCUUAUUUUAUGUCACAAGAGUGUGAGCAUUUAAUCAGACACAUGUUGGUGGUAGAUCCGGAGAAAAGACUGAGAAUUCCACAGAUACUAAAACACCGAUGGUUAAAUGAUGUUCCUCCUGUUGAAAAUGUUAUAUUGGAAAAAGAUUUGCAGUUAAACAAAACUGUUAUAGAUCAUAUGUUACAGUUACCUAACUUGAAUCAAAAUAUGAUUGUACAGAGCUUAAAAACUAAUUCAUUUGAUCACAUAUAUGCCAUUUAUAAUCUGUUGUUAGAUAAAUUACAUCAAAGGACUAUUAAUUUCCAGUCUAAAGUUCUUGAACAGAGAAGGGAACAGAAAAUCGAAGAACAAACUGAAUCUGAAGAAAAACUAGCGAAAAUAAACGAAAGAAGUGAAUCAUUCAACGAAAACCGCCUCGCUACUCAAUUGACAACUGCUAAUUCUGAUGGUCACAAUAUAAAACAAGACACGCUAGAGCUAUUUAACUAUAGAAGGGAGAGUUUCAAUGAAAACUGCUUAAGAGAAAUGAACGAUGAUUCGAAUGAUAGGUUAAAAUGUUUGAACGAAGGCGCUCCAGAUGAAGUGGGAUCCCCUUUUGUUUCAAUGCCGACAAUACCCGCUGUAUAUUUAGCUGGAGACCAGGAAAAUCAACUUCUAGAAAAGUAUGGAGAAGUAGAUAUGGAUACAAACGACGAUACUUAUUCCAUGGCUGUCUCAUCUACAACAUCUACAUCUACUGGUUAUAGUAGUUGUAAUUCUUCAGGUGAUAAAUAUUUGACUGUGAGGCGGCAUACUGUUGGGCCGGGAGAUCCUGCACACGAACAGGUACUGGAAACCCAUUACAUGGCUCAUCCUCAACACAAUACAAAUGGUGCUAAAUUGCUUCCUAACACAAAUCUUCCUCUAAAUUUGACCACCCUUGCACAACAAAACCCACACUAUUUUGGAGGAAAGGAUCCACAUUUGUUAAAACCACCUGUAGUGUUGAGUGCUGCAGGAGGAUUUGGAAGAAGAGCUUCGGAUGGUGGAGCUAAUUUGCACAUGGCUUGGGGCACUCCCGGUUCCCAUGAUCAGUUAUCCAUGAUGUCUACAAGUUCCAGUGGAAAUCCUAGUUUAAGUAGUAGCGGCACAGGAACACAAUUAAUAGAACACAAUCAACAUGUUUUGGAUGAAUUAGCAGUUGCGAGGUACAUGCAAAGUAGAGGAAAUACUCAAAGACAUACAAUGCCAAAUCCAGAAGAUAUCCAUACUAUGCAUUCGGCUCCUUCAACUGGAGCACGAGUGAGACGAACAGGUCUUCUCACUGUAACAGAGCGUCCAGUAAUUCCUCCUGAAGUCGUGAUGGAAGUAGAAGCACGCAUGAAUCGCAAUUAUAUGCCUACUAUAUUACCUACACGUAAACAAUCCAGGCACAAACCCCCCCUGCCCACGGUCCAAGAACUACAAGGAAGAGAACAAAAAUCAAUGGAAAGGUUUUCUCCAGUAAGAAGAGGUAGUGAAGGAUCUGCAGGAGGUAGUCGUACUCUAACAUCCUCGUCACAGGAACAACGCCUUCAAAGGGGACUUUCAACAAGAAACAGUCCCCCUAGAUCUAUUCCAGGCUCUCCAAUUCACCAGAAGUUUAUGUCUGAACAACCAUUGCGUCAUCAUAUGUCCGAGUGUACAUCGCCUAUUCAUCAAUUUUAUCAAACACUCCCAGAGUCAGUUACUCUACAGGAUCUCCAAAAUUUUUCAACAAAUAUCGAUCCAACUUUAGGUUUACCUCCUGAGAACUAUCAACAACACAACUAUGGUCCCUACGAAGCUACAAAUCGAAGUCCUACUUAUUCUUAUGACUCGAUUAAUAGAAGUCCGUUACAUUCAUCGCCUUAUACCACUACCAAUUUAACAUCAUCGCCCAUCGGUCCUACAGUAUACAGUCAAGUUCCGAAUUUAGGUUUGUAUUCCGGCAGUAAUUCGCCCAUUUUAAAUCCACUAUUGAGUCCCAAUACUUCACCAGUAUUUGGAGGAUAUGGUCAAAGUACACAAGGGAGUAGCAUAUCAUCUAUCACACAAGGAAUAAGCGGAUUAAAUACAGCUAGCACAGGUUCAAUAACCCAAGGAAUUCCUUCUGGUAAUCUUCAACUGGAAAUGCGUAAUCAGCAGCUCCUUGAUGACUCAAAAAUGGAUACAUCGUUUUCCACGAACUUGUCUUAUAUGGGCGGGCAGGCACCCCCUCAAAACUACUUACAUAUUCUUAAUAUUCAUGGUCAUAGAAGUCUCACCAAUUCACCUAUCAGUAAUCCAGGUAGUCCUGGAUUGGAUAUGAUUCAAGAAGAAAUACCAGUUCAAAGCUGCAGUAAGACCGAACAAGGACAUCCACAAAUAUCUGUAACAGAUGUUUUAGGAAGUGAAGUAACCCUUGUUGCCGGUUCGGAUACUUCAGAAGACUCCAUGGAUAGUCUAGAUAACCAAAGACUUCAAAAAAUACCCCAGUUCAUUAUAUCCGAACCAGCUGAUAAUUCUCCUUCUAUAACUAGAGGAAUCGGACGUAAAACCAGUCAAGAAAACGAUACAAAACGUCACGAAAUUGAAACUCAAAAUAAUAGCGAAGAGUUUCUUCCUAGACGAAACUCUGAUAAAAGUUCCUGUUAUUCUGACGACUCUCUCUCGAACGACAGUUUGAGUAUUGGAAACCAGAGUCCCAGUUCAAGUUCGAACACUCAAUCGAGCCAUGCCUUUGACAGUGAUAUAAGACACAGGCCGAUUGACACGUACGCUACAAUAGAUCAAGAAUUACGAAAUGCUGAAGGCACGGAAAACUUUCAAAUCUUUCGGAACCUAAAAAUGAGCAAUAUGGCUUGGAAUACAACUCAGUCACUGGAAAGUAAUCGUGAAGCUUCCAGUCCCCUUUGCCAGGUUCCAGUGGAAACAAACCUGCACAAAAAUUCAGGCUCCUACGAAUUCGAACUAUCAGAAGUAUGUUCUAAAUUACAAUCAACUGACAUAUUGGAAAUGGUCAAAAAAACUAUCAAUGACCAAAUUCCACCCAAAACGUGUCUUAGUUCAGAAGAGCUCAGCGAUAGGUUAAGCCUUGAAUACGAAGGAGGCCUUCAGAUCGAGCUUAAAAUAGUUGACAAGCCUCGAGGUGACUCUAAAGGGCUGAAAAUGAGAAGGAUAUCUGGUGAUCACCUGGUUUAUAACCAGGUGUGUCAACAGCUAAUCUCCUGUAUGACUGUUUCCUAGCAUUUAAAGUAAUUUUUUUAAAUGUUGUUAUUGUUUUCGUUUUGUCAUGACGCGAAUCUAGAAGACGCUCCCAUAUUGGGUAAAUAUGCUAAGCAUUGUUGUAUAUUAAGGGGGAUUACAAAAAGUAUAUUUGAAUAUUUCAGGUUUUUAGUAAUGUGGAUAGAUCUACAAGAACGACUAGUAAUAGUACCUUUUUAUCAUUGUGUUGAAGAUCUUUUAUUUUUUUAGAACUAUGUUCUGAAACAGCAUUAUGUACAUUUUUAUAGCUACGCAUAUGAUGAACUUCUACUUUCAACUGUUUGACGCCUACAUCAACAAACCCAUUAUUUAAAAUUUGUAUUAAAUUUGGCGUAUGUGUUCACUUGUUAAAUGUAACAAGAUACACUUUUACCUUAAGACUUCAAUUUGGUCUUCUAUUUUUCUUUUAUUGUCUACUCCCCUUUUCUAGAUUUUUGACAUUUCCCUGUUAUCACUUUUCUAACUAUUUUUCACUAAAAUGGUGCCCUGUGUGGCAUGUCUUAUUUCAUUUCUGCAAGUUAGAAAUAGGUACCUUCCUGAUGGUUUCCAAAGUAAAAAAUCUCUGUUCAAUAACCCUUGCAUUAUAUCUACGAAAAACAGCUGUACCAAUUUCUAAAGAUAUGUGUAACUAUUAAGAGCAUCUAUUGUAAGAUAAUUACAACACUGCAUACAAUUAUCUUCUUUCAUGUACUUACUUUUUCAUGGGGCAACAGAAGUAUUUCAUAAAAGAUUAAUUUUUUUGAACAGUACAUUUACAGAAUGUAUAUCUUGUCUGCCAUUUAUUAGUUUCUAACGUUUUAUUCUUGUUAUACACAUGAUUCUGAUUUGGUAGUUGGAGUUUGAAACAAAAACCUAUUAUCAAAUACAAAGUUUAACAGUGAAUGUUAAAAUUUGCUGUGGAUUUUGAAAUUUUUAAAAGAUAAUAUUUUGUGAUUGUUUUUUUAAUGAUCUCUUAGUAAUAACAUGUCAUGCUUAAAGUGGAACAAAACUUUUUUAACUCAUCUUUGUAAUAUCGCUUCAUAGAAAAGAUAUGUAAUAAUGUAAUACUGUUGUUCUAUUCUAACAAUAGAUUAUAAUCAGGAUGGUCCAAUAGCAAAUUUGUGCUUUCUGAUGUGAUAGGAUUAUUCUUGAAUUUAAAUCGCGUUUGUGCCUAUAGAUACAACAUUUCAAAAGAUUGGAUUUUUUCACCAAGAACCACCUCGCAAGAAAUUUAAUAAUUUUUCUGUAAUUUUACAGAAACAAUAUUUCCUGCAGCUUGCAGAAAUGAAAAUCCACAUUUCCAUCUCACAUCUAUUAAAUUUAACUCCAUACAAACCAGUACUUUACACGUCGCCCUAAAAAAUUCUCAUUGUGGUAGAUAUUCGGUAACAUAUCGUUCCACCAAUGUGCUAACAAUUAAUCCAGAAGUUGAAAAAGCAACAAAGGCACUUCGUUGGAUCUGCUGACUACAUAAAAAACAGUUGAAAAAUCAUAUGAACCACAUGGAAGACUCUAAAUAGAGCACUAGGACUAUUCACAGUAGAUAUGAUAAUAAUCCUACGUUUUAAAUUGGCAAUAUGGCCAACCGCAUAUUAAUUUACAAUUUUUAGCUCCUUAAACAAAUUAGGAAUUUGAUACAGUUAUCUAAUGGAGAUAGACAAAUAUGUAAAAUUAUAUAACUACUUUCAAACAGAUUUUAAUAGUAUAUUGUCUAUAACUUUAAUUUUAAUAUAAAUAUAAAUUCUAGUAUAACUUGUAAAGUAUUAAGAAUGGAAAGAUUUUUGGUUAAUGCUGUUAGUAAUUUUCCAUCUGUCGAUGAUGCUAAAAAAGUAGUUCCACUAUAUCAUUAAUUUUUAAUUCAUUAUCAGUAAUUUAUUUUGCCAUAUUUGUCGACAUUCCAUAGAUUUUAUGAUUUAAUUUCAUGUGGUUACCAGGUCCUACAAUUGAUUGAGUAUCAAAUACUCGUUAUUAAACCCUGUGCUAGUAACAAAUUUAUUUUUUGAAUGUUCUUAUUUAGUUCUGGAUGAAUACAUAUUUUAGUAACUCGAGUAGAAAAUUUAAAAGACCAAUUCUUGACCACAUUUUUUAGAUCACAUAACUUCACUCCUAAUUUUCUGAUAUAAAAUUGAUAGUAUAUGUCGAUUUUGGUUGAUCUUUUCAGUCUGGACGAGACCUAAUGGUCCAGAAUUGGUGUGAAAUAUCGAUCUGGACUUCAAAGUUUCCUUUAAUUCGAACUAAGCAUGGAAGUAUUUCCUGCUCGGUCUACAAAUAGGGGUUCUUGUAUAUCAUGUUAAAAAAUUAAACACGAGAUACCAUAAGGACUUCUCUAAAAAAACUUUGAUUUUUUAAUGGUUUAAAAAUUGCCUUUUAGAGUGAAUUUAACACUAGUGAUUGUAUUGUAUAUAAGAUUUCCAAUAAUGUAAAUAGUGCACAAUAUUCAUUAAUUAUUGUAAAUAUUAUUAAUUAAUACUACUUUUAACAACAGAAAUACCAUUUUUGUAUGGAUUUAUUUCAUCAAGUACACUGCAAUAUGUUUCAUUAAAUUGAAAAUAGCCAAUAUGAAUUCACUAUUUUGGAACAGUUUUGUGAAGUAGAUUAUUGAAGUAUUGCUUUAGUCAUUACUGAAGUAUUGUUGAUAUAGUGUAAGAGAUAAUUUCAGGUAGGCUAGUUUUGUGACAUCCUAUAUCGGACGUCGAUCGAGCAUUCUGGCUGGCGGUAAUGUUUGCGUUCAUCAGUUCAUCAAGUUUCUUUUUUUGUUUUUACUGAGCUUUUUGUAACAUAAAUCUAUUAUUGCCAGUUAUUUUUAUUGUUGUUUAAACUAUGCCAUACGAUAAUUUUAUAUUUAAAAAAAAAUUUUCAAAAUAUUUUAGUGUGGCUGAAAUUUUUAUAUGAUGUUAUUCAAGAAUCUAAAAAUCUAAAACUAAUUUGUCAAACAAUAAUGCGAUUGUUAAACCUUCAGCCAGACGGAUCUAAACGGAUAAGUGAUUGGGCAUGUAGGUAUAGACAAUUACGGGCCCUUUCACACCAAACGAAUCAGAAUCACUCCGAAUCAAGUUGAAUCUGAUUGACCAAUAUUCGGCUUCGAGCGCUCCGUUUAAAUGUGAAGGGACUCUUUCCGCCUUCAGACCGGACGAAUCUGGUUCAAUCAGGUCAAUCACAGCAACAAAAAUUUUUAUAGAUUCAGGUUGAUUCAGCUGGUGUGAAAGAGUGGAGUUGACGAAUCAUAUUCAACUUGAUUCGGAGUGAUCCAGAAGAUUGAUUCGGAUUCGUUUGGUGUGAAAGGGGCCUACGUGUUAGUUGCGCUGCGCAGCCAGACGGAUCUAAAUGGAAAAGUGAUUGGGCAUGUAAGUACAGACAAUUACGUUUAGUUGCGCAAGCGAGAUAGGCGACAGCAGCUGUUUGUAGUGAAGAUGGCGUUAGUUUAGUCACAUUGAUUCAUACAUUGCCGUUAUUUUUAAUGUUUUUGACAAAAUUGUUAUACAAUGGCUAGUGAAAAAUUGAAAUGUGUUUUUUGGAAAGACAGAAAUAGAAAAAUAAUAAUUUUUAUAGAAGAUAAAUUAAAAAAGUUCUACAAAUACCUGUAAUUUUAAAACUGAAAUAUGAUAGUGUACAGUUACAAAACCAUUGUCUUAAUUUUGUCCAACAAUGAAAAACUAUUUUGAUAUAUUAACCCAUAAAUUAAUUUAGUAGUUUUCAAUUCUUCCUCUGUAAUUUAUUUGACAACUAUUUCUAGAACAUGCAACAAAAUGAUACUUCACUUUUAGAUCGGUCUGGCUGAAGGUUUGGCAACUUAAUUUUAGGUUUUUAGAUACUUUUAUAUAUCAUAUAAAAAUUUCAGCUCUACUAAAAUAUUUUGAAAAACAAACAUCGAUUCAAAAUUAGCGUUUGGCUCACUUUAAACAACAAUCAAAAUAUCUGGCAAUAAUAGAUUCAUGUUUCAAAAAGUUCAAUAAAAUUAAUAAAAACAAAAGGAAACUUCUUAAAAUGAUUAAAUUGAUAUUUUACAUAUACAGAUAGGAUGCGUACUGAUGAACGCAACCUGUACCACCAAACAGAAAGCUCGUAUGACGUCAAGGGAGUGAGAGAGACACUAUAUCUAAAAAUUGGCCUGACCUGAAAUUGUUGUUUUCCCGACUUUGCUAGCUCUCGUACCAAUAUGGGUUGACGAUAAUUUUUAUGGAUACAUGAAGAAAGCUACGGUUUGUUUAACAAUUCAGCAAGGUUACGAUCAAAGUUUCAUUGAUUUCGGCGCAAACAUGUAUUGUUCUCACUUGCUGCAGGCAGAAAAGUAUUUUAAAAAAAUUCUUACUUUUCAAGUUGUAUGCUGAGCUGCAUUGUGUCAUUUGCACUUUUGAGAGAAGAAAAGGAUGUGUGGUAUGUAAAAAAAAACGAAGUGUAACUGAUUUGUUUUUAAAGAACAGCACAGAAGGAAAACUCCAGGAAUAUUUCAAAGUUACUACAAAAGUAUUUGACAUAGUUUUAAACUAUAUUUUAGAAGAUACUACAAUAUAAUUUUCAAGCAGAUGCUUCGCUCGAUCGUAAUUUUAUGUUCAAAUCGCUUGAAUACAUAUGUAAAUAAAAUACCGGUUGAAAUCUGGCCAUCAACAAUCCUUAAGAUUUUCACCCUCACAGAAUGUCGCCUUUUCUCUAGCUAUCUGUCUUAAUAAAUCGUAGCUUUUCAUGAUGAUUAAUUUACGUAAAUGAAAUGGGCAAUAGUUCACGAAACUGUUUAAAAUCAAUCUUUAUUUGUUUCUUCAUAUAUUCUAAAUAUUGUUUUUCAACAAACGUUCUUGAUAUGAAAAAACAAGUAGCAGAUAGAACUGAACUAAAAAAAGCAUAUAUGCACAUUCUCUUUUCUUUUGUCCCAGUGCCUUUUGUAUCAGAAUUUUGAAUAUGUAUGUAAAAAAAUCAUGUAAUAAAUCAAAAUUGCAAACUAAAUAGAUUCGCAUUUCGCCUUGCUAACUGAAUUGCACUUGGUCAGUAGUAAAAAUUAACUUUAAUGUUCAAAGACCCAUUUGUAAAUACCUAUUUGACCACUGAAUGUUGGUAUCUAAUUAACAGUGCUCUACAUAGAGGUGAUGAAAGGAUACCCUUACAAAGUCAAAGGGAUCGUUUUGUUUGAAAUUUAUCCGCUUUCUCAUCAAGUCCUCUAAUGAAGUGUGAUUCAAUACUAGUCGGAGCUAAUAGUUUGUUUCUAGUUUAUAUGUAUCUUUAGCCAGUAAUUAGAUUUUUUAUUUACUGCCGAUAUUAAUUAUCUACAUAAUUCAACAUGUCGCACCUCCGCUCAAAUAGUGUCAUAACUUACAAAAUUAGAAAAUCUCUAUUGUACUAUUGAUGUCAGAAAACUUCAAAAAUCUUAUCCCAAAUUAUGUCACGCAAAUAGUUGCUGUUGCAGUAAAUUUGUCAGUUAUAUUCAAUUUCAAACGCUUAUUACUCGAUAGUUUGUUUUUUUGACUUGAUAACACUAUUAGAGCGGAGGUGCGAUGUGCCUUUUUUUAAAUGUUUUAAAUAUUAACCAUCUUAUUAUAUGUAAAAUACUGAUCCAUAUGUUUCAUGGCAGUACUUCUAUAAAAACUUAUAUCGGGAUCAAAAUAUCCCAUAUUAAACAUAUCGCACCCCUAUUUUUAUAGUGCCAUAAGCAAACAAAAAAAGAUUGUAAAUGAAAUAUUUUCUAGAUCAGUUAAUUCGGUACUUAGGCGUACCAAAUUAGGUGCACACACAGUUUGAAGAUAUCUUCACUCAUUAGUCAUAUAAAAUCUACAGAUAGUAGUAAAAAAAAUUUUUUUAAUGAUAUGCCACUACUGUUGAUGUUCAUUUCAUUUAAACUUGAGUUAGGACAUAGGGCAAAUAAAUCGAAAUAUGAAUUUAUUUGUAUUUCAGUUAAAUGUAAGAAAAUAACAGGAAAAUAUCAAUCCCAAAAAUGCCUACAAAAGAUGUGUUAAACUUAAGUAGAUCUCCAUUUAAUGUCAGAAAGAGGAACAUCAAAAGAUUCUUUAUGUUAUAAAAAAUCAGUGUGGGUUAUGGCACUACAGCUUUAAUUUUUGUUACAUUUGUUAAAUGAGAUGACAUACUAGCUUACGGCCCUACUGAUGGUGCAUACAAUCACGAGUAAAUCAUUAUAAUAGUGCCACUUGGCACCUCACGCGGAAUCUGUUAAUACCAAAGAUAUGGUAAUAUGGUACUAUUAAAUCCAUCAUCUUAAAGUAUACAUUGAACGGAAAAUGUCAAUUUUUGGGAUAUGGCACUAUUGAAAUAGGAGUGCGAUAUCUUUAAUUUUUGCUUCAUUAUUCAUACAUUAAUUAUAUACGAGACGAUUCUCUUUAUUCACAUUGAGAUUCAAUUCUGGCUUUUAAAAAUUUUCAUACCAAAUGUUAUCUAUAACUUCGAAAAUAUUUUCAUAUUAAGGUGAUCACUAUAUGAUAGUGCAUAGUUUUUUUGGAUAGUCAUUUGCUGAAUUAACUAGGAAUUUUUCACCAAUUGAAAUGAUAUUAUUAGGUGUAAUAUUAAGAUGGGAUCAUACUUUUUAAAUGUUAGUUGUUUUUAUAUGAGUAUUUGUGGAUUAUAACAGUAAUUUUUUUUGUCAGUCAUAUGUGUUAAAAACUGAAGUGUGGUAGUUUUAUCAAAAACCAUAUAUAAUAAUAAUGUUGCAGUGCUCCAUAUUCUCGUGUGGAGUUGAAUAUCCGUUAUAAGGGCGUUGAGUAAAACUAUCAUACAAGGCGCACAAUAAAUCAAUUACAACAAAUAAAAAAUAA